CUUUUUACCUGAUCUGACGAAAAUACCCCCAAGUCAUUCCUUACUUGCGAGUUGCGAUGAUAAGCGACUUCGACAGAGGUGCGUUGUAGGAUAUAAAAUCCCUCGGGGAUCGCGAGAGGCACGAAAAGUUGGGAGUGAAAUCGAGAGUGUGUGCGGGGUCACAGAGAUCGGAGGUUACCAGUCGAAAGAAGCAGCGGGAAGGAGAAGGUAAACGGAAGGAGAAGACGACGGCGGCGCAGGCGGCGGCGAUGUCAGAGACUAAAGAAGCGAUGAAGAUAUUCGUCAAAACUUUGAAGGGGAGUACCUUCGAAAUUCAAGUCAAGCCCCAAGACACGGUCGUUGAUGUUAAGAAGAUCAUAGAAUCUGCACAAGGGGCAGACACUUAUCCUGCUGGACAACUGAUGCUUAUCCAUCAGGGGAAGGUUCUUAAGGAUGAAACAACAUUGGAUGAAAAUAAAGUUGCUGAAAAUAGCUUUGUUGUUGUCAUGGUAAACAAGAAAAGCUCUUCUGCUGAAGGCUCAAAUGCUUCAACAGCAAAGGCACCUCAGACCAGUGCCCCAUCAUCAAUACCACCACAAGCUCCUGUAGCAGCACCGCCAGCUCCGGCUCCGGUUUCGGCUCCGGCCCCAGUUCCAGCUCCAGCUGCAGCUCCUUUGGUUGCUCCUGCACCUGCAGCUGCUCCUACCUCUGUAGUCGCUGCCACGUCUGAUGCUGAUCCUUAUGGUCAAGCAGCAUCUACAUUGGUGGCUGGGAAUAACUUGGAAGGAGCAGUCCAGCAAAUCCUUGACAUGGGUGGAGGCACCUGGGAUAGAGAAAUUGUUAUUCGUGCUCUCCGGGCUGCGUUCAAUAAUCCUGAGAGAGCUGUUGAAUAUCUGUACUCUGGCAUCCCUGAGCAAGCUGAGCCUGCUGCUCCAGUACCACAAGCUCCUGUGAGUGGACAACCUGCUAAUCCUGCAGCAGCACCGGGAGGAGUUCCACAGGCUGCGGCACCAGCUGCGGUUCCAGCUGCAGGACCCAAUGCGAAUCCUUUGGACCUCUUCCCUCAGGGCCUUCCCGCUGCUGCCACAGGUGGUGCUGGUGGUGCAGGAACUUUGGACUUCUUGAGAAACAGUCAACAGUUCCAAGCCUUGCGAGCUAUGGUGCAAGCUAAUCCACAGAUAUUGCAGCCCAUGCUCCAAGAAUUGGGGAAGCAAAAUCCUCAUCUAAUGAGACUGAUUCAGGACCAUCAGGCAGACUUCCUUCGUCUGAUCAACGAACCUGUUGAGGGUGGAGAGGCCGGCAUAUUGGGGCAGCUUGCUGCUGCUAUGCCACAGUCUGUUACAGUAACUCCUGAAGAGCGUGAAGCACUAGGCCGCCUUGAAGCGAUGGGAUUCGAUCCACAAAUUGUGUUGGAGGUGUUCUUUGCCUGCAACAAGAACGAGGAACUGGCUGCCAACUAUCUUUUAGACCACAUGCAGGACUUCGAGGAAUGAUUUUAGAAUUGGAAAAAACGAUCUAUCAGCAAUUCCCCGCCCUGUUCAAUGCCCCCCGCCCCCAUAGAGAACAGUUUUCUUUCUUCUCUUCAGUUUUUCUUGUCCGCUGUCUUUUUUCUCGGGUUCCUCUCUUGAUCGAAUAUCAUCAUCAUCGUAAUCGUAAAUGACAUUUCAGUAACAGUUUGGAAGUGCUAUGAUGUGACAUUUCUUAAGAGGGAAGAUGAACGAGACUGAACAUUUCUUCUCUUGGUUCCCAUCUUUGUUUCUAGGACUGCUGCUGGUGAUUUGAUAGUCUUUUGCACUCUAAUAUAUCCAGUAUACAAGGGAUCAUGCCUGAUGAGUGAUGAGUGAAUGAAUAGACAGUUAUGUUACUGGUGAGUUGGUAUCAUCUAACAGGCAGGGAGAAUUUUUGGUGCCCAGAUACUUGCCUUGAAUUUUGUA